AUAACUCAAUUUUGGGAUGAGGAUAUCUGAAUUUCAUCGAUUUUUAUUUCAAAGCUUGCCUACAAUUACUCAGAUUAGGAAGGCAUGUUAGGUAAUGGAGCACGAUUUCUUGGACCAUCUGCUGGUUCAACAAAUAAUAUUAACAAUCAACAUCAGACACAAUUUAAUCGCAGUAUAUGGCCAACAGCAACAACAACAUUUCAAGCAAAUGGAAGUGAAUACACAGUACCAAUAACUGAUACAACCAGCAUAUUCGCACCAGGAUUUACACAAUCACCGACAACUGCUACAGCAACAUCGUCACCUUUCAUACCAACAUUACCAUUUGAGUUUGUAAAAAACUGGAAUACAGGCACUGUUGGAUUUAGUCAAGCAAAUAGUAUAUUUGUGCAGUCACAUACAGCAGCGGCAACUGAUUAUCUCAACUGUACAACGACAGUAACAUCGACGCCAUCAUCACAAACGAUAAAAAGACCAACGGAUAUUGGAAGAUGGGAAGCAACAGCAGGAUCAUCAUUAAUUGAACCACUUCAGAUUCACUUACCUUUGACGCCAACAAAUCUUACAAAUUAUGCAACGAAUCCGGCUAUAAAGUCUGAAAAUAUAAGUUCCGGUAGUUCUACCUCAUCUUCAUCGUCAAAAACACCAACCAGUUCUAGUAAUAGUAACAAUAAACGAGGCUCAUCAAAAUCCUCAAAACUUAAUAAAAACAUCAAUGAAUGUAUAUUAAAUUUACAUCAGCAACAUCAAAAUAAAUCAUCACACGAGACAAACUUUGAUGGAGCCGGUUGUAGCCGUACUUUACCGAUUGCGUGGAAUUCAUCAACUUUCCAACAAUUAACAGCAAAUGUACAUAAUGCAAAUAAUGUUGGAGAUAAUUCAGCAACGGGAACACUUCUUCAAAUUAAACGAGAGCCAUGUCAAGUAUCUGAGGUUACAACGUCAAAUAACUUACUUGCAACAUCAUUCUCAACUGGCACACCGACAAUAAUCAAAAUUGAACAAAAGUCACCAACAAGUACUUCACAAUCAAAUAUCACAUCAAUUUCAUCGUCAUCUGCUUCUACGAAUAUGGAUGCGUGUCAUAAUAGUGGACAAAAUAACGCAGGUGCAACGGCAACACAAGCCAUACCAAUAGGCAUUGCCGUUGGUCGACAACGCUUACAAGAGACAACAAGCCAAGCGACGGGUCUCCAAGCAAAAGAUUUCAAUCGCUUCAGUCUUGGACUUGCUGAUUUGGGAUGCACAGCAACACCAAAUCUGAGUCAAAACAUGUUUUUCACAGGCACAAUACCAAUGACUGAUGUCAUGCAUCAAAAUCAUCAGAGCAUUGCAAUGACACAAAAUCGAACGCCACCCACACUGUUUCAAUAUCCAACAAUGCCAAUGGAAAUUCCUCCUCCAGUUGGAUUUCAGCUCGUUCGUGAUCCAUCAACUGGGCAAUUCUUAUUCCUUCCAGCAACAACAACGAUAGAACCAAUUCCACAAGCGCUAGUGUGGCCAACAUAUCCACAAACAACUUCUUCAAGUCUUCAACCCCCACAUUUGCUGUUACCUCCAAUGCAACAGAGUCUUCAACCACCACCUCUUGCGCUUUUAGGAUCCGACUAUCUAACAGCAAGUACAACACUUCAUCAGUCACAUUUACAACAUACAUCAACUCAUAGUACAAGACUUGUGGCACUUACGUCUUCAUCUUCAGAUACAUCAAAACGUACAAAAUGCACUCAGCAGACAACAACUACAGCCGUUCCUUUACCACUACCUGCCCAUACACUUAUAAAAAUCGAGGAUGGUAUUAAUCAUCAUCACCAUCAUCAUCAUCAUGGUCAUCAAUCAAAUGCAGCUUCUAUUUAUGAGCAUGAAAAAUCAAUACAAACAGCAUCAAUUGCAACGGCUGUCCAAACACCAACGGAAAUUAAUGGACAAUAUUUCUAUCAGCAUCCAGGACUAAUACAAAUUUCACAACAACCUCAAACGGUAUCUUCUGGAACCGUUGCAUUAAUGGAAAAUACAGACUGUCGACAUUCAACUUCAUCUCCACCUCCAUUACAAUUAACAGCUGCUGCUGCAGCAGCAGUAGGUUUACAGACACAUUCCUCUAGUAUAAGUGACACUCAAUUAGGACACAUAAUACCGCCAGCAAUUCCUCCACAAGUUCAAGAUGCAAAUAUCCAAACGUCACCAGUAAUGAGUGAAGAUGACAAUUCAUCAGGACAUGAUGGUAUGACGCAACAUGAUUCACAUUAUGAUGAUGAAACCAGUCAGGAUCAUAUGCAUUCUCCAUUGAAAUAUGACGAAAAACCAAUGAUGAUGGCAAUAGAAACAGAAGUAACUCGUGAAGAAAUUGCUGAGCAUCGAGAAAGUGUACCUGACACAAGUGUUACAUCAUCGUCAUUAAUUGUAAAUAUUAAGCAACAAAUUGAGUCACCUGAUACGUCAAUAAAUGACGCAAAAGAUGACGAAAUGCCAGAACAACCAUCACAAUCGGAAGAGCAGGAGCAUCAAGAACAACAACAUGAACCUGUAGAUCUCAGUGGUCUUCAGUUGCUCUCAAACAGCAUUGAUGUGUUUCAAAAGAAGACGAUUAAGCAAGAACCAUCCGAUCAAAUGCAAAUAACAAGUCCGACAAUUGCAUCAACAACUAUUACUCCACCAAUUAUCGAGAAUGCUAUAGAUAAGCCAUUAAUUUCAAUUCCACGCUCAUCAGUACCAAAGUCAAUACCAGAGGAUGGAUGUUUUGGAUUAACUUUACUAUGUGCUCUCGCUGAACAACGACUUGAAGAAGAUUUUCAAUCAAACAACACAACAACUACAUCAUCGCCUACAACGAAUGAGAUAGAGAGUCAUCAAGAGGUAAAGAAACGAAAGCAUAAAGUAAAAUCGAGCAAAAAGUCAAAACAUAAGGAAAUGAAAAAGGCAAAGAAGAGGAAGCAUUCAGAUGAAAAUGAUGAUGGUCUUAAAACUGAAUUUGCGAAUUCUUUUAAACGAGUAAAGACAAGAAUUGAUAAUUUUCCAAUCGCAUCUGUUGAUGAUGUCUUUAGGCUGAUGAAGGAAGAUAUGCAAAAAAAAUUAGCUAAUAUAACAAGGCAAUGUGAAGAAAAGCGACGUGAACUGAAGCAAAUAAAGACAGACGGUCCUGAAAAAGAACAAGCAUCAUCUUCCAUUUCUUGUGAGCAACUCGGAAAGGCAUCAACAUCUUCAGAUUCACCUUUAAAAUUAAGCAUUAUUCCAGCUCUUUCGCCAUCAUUCUCAUCGUCCUCAAAUUCUGAUAGUCUUGUUGACAUUCCAAAACUAUCUAGCGAUACAGACUCUGGAAGCAAAGAUGAUGGAGAAGGAAGCAAUACGGAAAGAUCUAAAAGGAAGUUUAGCAUACCAAAUAAGAAUAACGGUGAUAAGCAACAAACUGAAACUAUUGUUGCUAAAAAGUCAAAAUCAUUUGUUGGCUACAUUCUUGCAUCAAAACAAAAGCUUUCUUCGACAACUGCAACAGUCACAACAACAACUGCAUCACCAACAAUUGACUCGUGGACGAGUAGUAUUAAAAAUGGCAAAGCAUCGCUUCCGUUCGUGAAAACUGAAGAUCAAGAUGGUCGUGGUAUAUUAAAAGAAUCAGCAUUUAAAGAUGAUCGUGUCUUCUCUAUUUUUGGUGAUGGAAACAGUCAAAAGUUUCAAGCAUCAUCGCCUUUAACAAUUCCAUCUGUCUCACGCCAUCAACAGCCAUAUGUCAAGCACCACUCGAAGCACAAAAAACAUAAAGAGCGUAGACGUCAUCGUGAACGACAGCGAUUGGAUUCGCGAGUAAAAAUAAGUUCCGAACAUUUAAAACAGACAAAAACGCGUGUGCUUAUGGCACAAGGAGGUCUCUUUUAUGCCGGGACAUUGACGCCUGUCGAGCCGUCUGAAGUUUAUGCUAUUACGCUCGAUGGUGAACGUGGAAAUAAACCACACAUUAUGCCACGCGAUGAAAUUUUUAAGCAAGCCAUACUCGAAGUACAACCAAAGACCACAGCUGAGUGUCCCCCUGGAACGAGACUCUGUGCUUAUUGGAGUCAACAAUAUCGUUGUCUUUAUCCAGGAGUUGCAACAGUACCAAGUUCACCUGACUCGGAUAUUGAUGAAAAGUAUGUCAAUGUUGAAUUUGAUGAUGGUGAUAGUGGACGAAUUGUUUUAGAUCACAUUCGAUUUUUAAUUAGCAAUUAUCCUAUUGUUGAGUAUGAUCCAAAUCCAUUACAAUCACUUAGCAAACGCAAACGACAGUCUAGUCAUGCACCAUCAUCAGAUCAUGAUCAAAAAUCAUCAUGCAAUCAAAUCGAAGGUACUUCCAUAACGAAGGAAGAACGAAAACGUUUAAAGAAAAUGCGUAAAGAGAAAAUUCGCUUACAAUCAUCGCCUGAUCAUGCACAAGACUCAUUUGCAGCUGUAUUAGAGCGUAAACAUAAGAAGAAGCACAAGUGUCAAGAUGAUUUAUGUAAGCAUCGUAAGCAUAAGAAGCGACGAAAGCAUAAGAAGCAUCAUCACCGUGAAUUGGAAGAAGAAGAUAGAGAAUUGCAGCAUCACGUACAAAGUGCCAUGUUGAUUAGUAGCAAUGAUAGCAAUAACAAUGAGGAAGAAUUUGAUGAAGAUUCUUUGUCAUUGAAUGAAAGUGUCACUCAAUAUGAGAUUGUUAAAAAAGUCGAUCAAGAUAUAGCAAUGAAGGACGAUCCGGAUACAAUGGAAUCAAGCGUUACUGAAAGUUCUGGAUCUCUUUAUAAUCCAAAGAAAACUACAACCUCAGAGAAGCUCAAUCGAAGUAACGAAAGCGGAAGCAAGAUUGCUGCAUUUUUGCCAGCUCGACAGUUAUGGGCUUGGUCUGGAAAAGGAUUUAAGCGAUCUACAGGCAGAGUAAAGAAACAAUUUUACCGAUCUAUUCAAAGAGGGAAGGAAACGAUUUCGGUCGGUGACAGUGCAGUUUUCUUAUCAACUGGUCGCCCAGAUCGUCCAUAUAUAGGUCAUAUUGAAUCGAUGUGGGAAACAGCCAACGGUUAUAUGGUUGUUCGUGUUAAAUGGUUUUAUCAUCCAGAAGAGACACAAGGCUGUCCAAAUUUGAAAUAUCCUGGUGCAUUAUUUGAAUCACCACACGAGGACGAGAAUGACGUACAAACAAUAUCCCACAAAUGUGAAGUCCUUCAAUUGGAUGGUUAUAUUAAAAAAUUCGGAGAUGAACCGAAACAAUAUGAAUCAAUUUAUGAUAAUAACGACACAUAUUAUCUUGCUGGAAGCUACGAUCCAACGCUUUAUCAUAUGAAAAUGCAAACAGAAAUUCCAGUGUUGCCGGAAGAUGAAAAGUGGGUGUAAAAAUUUAUUAUAAUAAUUUCGAUUUAUUGACGCCAAAUUCCUAUAUCAUUAUAUUAUAUUAUAUGAGAUAUAUCAUGUGAAAAAAGUGACGAGAAAUGAAAAUGUGAUAUUAUAUCUUGGAUAAAUCCAUUGAUUUUUUCUAAAAAAAUCCCUUCCAUAUGUGAGAAAGUCAUUUCGCUGUGUAUGAAACAAAAAUAAAUUGAAUCGAAUUUAAAUAUGUAGGUAUGAUGAAGUAUUUAAUGUAGAUAGAAAGAUAGCUGAGAAAUGAAAAAUAUUCAGUGCCAGAGAAUUAAGUGAGUGUAUUUUUUAAGGGAUUAAUGUUAUAGAUACUUCUUUUACGUUGUACAUAACUUUGUAGAUACAGAUACUUAAACAAUUUAUUCGUGAAAUUUUUACACAUUCUGUUGAGUUCAAUGACUGAGUGUAGAAUUAAUCCUGUGUUUGAUGGAUUUAUUGGUGAAAGAUAUUUGUUGUCGAUCGAUAAAUUGAGAAAAAGAGAUUUAAAAUUUAAAUUCUGAAAAUCUCGUUCCUGUCAGUUCAAUAUGAUUAAGCUUGAAACUUCAUGUCAACUUUCUCAAAAUGUCCAAGCAAAUUUUCGUAGAAUUUUCUCUAAAAACUCGACUUUAUAUUUUAUUCAAUAAGUCCAUGAAUCACCAUAAGAAAAGUAUGACAUAAAGCAGUUUGGUAUACGAAAUGAGAAUAUAUUUAUAUGUAGAUAUACAUUCUUGUGUAACCAAUUCAUACAAACAAGUGUCAAAGUGAUGUAAAUAAGUAAUUUACGCAUAAGUUUUUUGAAAUUAAGAUUUAUUUUUCCUUUAAAUUUAACUACAUAGGUACGUGUAUAAAUUCUUUUAAGCGAUGAAACUGAUAUUGAGGAGAUAAGAAUGAGGAAAAAAAGAAAUGAGAAAUAUGUGAGACAAUAUCAGGAACCUAAAGGUUAAUUAAUUUUGAUAAGAGAUUAAAUUCCACAUAUUUUAUAUUUCAUCUAGUGAUGAAUAACUUUGCAACUAUUUGAUUGUGACUGAACAUAACUGUAUUAUUGUGUACAGUGUUAUUCACCCUCUUAUCAUCAUUAAAAUCUAUAUUCAUGGUAGAAAUAAAAAAACUCGUUUAUUGAGAACUGUACGUAGAAAAAUUUAAAAUGUAUUAUAGCAAAAACCCAGCAAAAACACAAAAAUGAUGAAAUUGUAAAGAACUUAUAGACUUAAAAAAUAUUUCUAAGUUGAUUUGUAUUGAGAACGAAAUACAAAUGAAAUUAAUACCUUACAAAAAACUAAAAGUAAAAUUUUUGGAGAAGAUUUAAAUUAUUAAAAAACAAAGAAAAUAUAUUUUUGUACGUAAUCAUUAACUUAAAAUUUAAUCAAGGAACAUUAAAGUAAAAAGAAAAUUGUAAAUAAUAACACAGAAUAAAUAUUGAUAGGGUAGAUUCGGUAAAGAAAUAAAAUGGGGAAAAUGAGAGAUUUAUAAAGAAAAAUAAAUAAAUGAAUUCAAUUCAAAGAGUUUUACCCAAAAUUGCUAGAAAUAGAGUUUAAUUCUAUUCAAUAUUUUUCUUCAAAAUAAAAAAUUCUUUUGUGCAAGGUUAUUACAAGAUUUCUUGUAAAUUCUUUUGAAAAAUUUGAAUGAAAAAAAACUCUUUAGAUGAUAGAAGAUCAUUAGCUUUUUUUGUAGUUAAACAUCUUAACAAAUUCCUCAUCUUAACAUCAAUACUAAAUGACUAGAAUGCCAGAAUUGAAUUUCAUUUCCACACUGUAAAGCACAAAAGUUGUUAUCAUAUCUGCAUUACAAGCAGAUAUACUAAAAAAAUUUCAUUUUUUUAAAAUUUAAUUAAAACACGCAAUUAGUGAAAAUAAUGAAGUUUUUUGUGUUGUUAAAAAAUUUCAAUUUAGAUUUACUUAUUCUCACAUUAAUUUAAUAGUAUUUUCUAUUCAUCAUACUUACAGAAUACAUCCUCUUUCAAUUUGAAUGAGUAUCAAAUCAAAUUAAAUUUUAUAUCUAUUAAUUUUUAAGGUAAAUUAAAGAAAAGUUUUAAUACGGUUGAGUUCUAAUUUAGAAGAUAAGUUUUCACUUAUUUGAGUGCUUGAUCAUUUCUUAAUAAAAAUGGACAUUAAACAUUAAAAUAAUUCAAAUCGACUGCUUUGCAAUUAUUUAAAUAUUUCUGGACAGUAAGAAAUGUUUAAAACUGUUUGCAAAUUAAUUUUAUACUUGGCAAAUUUUAUUUGUGAUUGGUUCUGAAUUUAUAAAAUAAUUUGAACCCCUUAGGGCCCAUUCACUUAUAAGUUAUAACGUUGCGCAAAAAAUCGACUUUUUAAACAACAUUGUUACAAAUUGUGUGUGGAAAUAAUUUCAUAUGUUUGAGUUGUGUCAAAAUCCUAGAUCCCUCUCCCCCUUAAAAGCAAACGUAAUAAGUGAACAGCCCUUAAUGUGCCAUUUUCAAAUUCAAAUAUCUUCAAAUUAAAAAAGCAUAAUUCCGAGGCAAAUAGAUAAUUUUGGAUAUUUUUUUAAGUAGCUUGGAAUUAGUAAUUUCAAUUCAGCUCUUCCAAUUUUCAAAAAAUUGUGAAUUGAUUUUUAUUUUUACGAAUAUUAUAUUUUUGUUUUUAUUUCUUAUUUUUUCUUUUUUUUUGUAACUGUUGCAAUAUUUUUAAUAAUCAAAUUAUUUUUAAAUUAUAUUUAAAUUAAUAUUUUCAUUCGGUUUAUGAAUGUUAGAUUCAUUUAAGAAAAGUUGUAAGGUACUCAAAACUUUUAACCUAAAAAUUAAGUUUAUGUUCACUUUAAAAAAAAUGUUUAUUGUUUUCUUUUGUUGUCUUAAAUAUUGAUAGUUUUUCAUCCUUAUCAAUUUUUAAAUUCCAAUCCAAAAUAUAAAGUAAAAAAAUUCAUUAUUUAAUUAAAAAUCUAUUAAAUCAUAUUUUCAAAAAAACAAGCAGAAUUAAGCAAAAUAUGUGUUAUGUAAAUAUCGAUAAUGCAAAUAUUUUAGAUGCUCGAUUACUUAUAAUUAAAUAUGAAGGAACAAGAAAUACGAAAAUUAUGAAUUGAAUGAAAUGAAUGGUAAAAUGUAAAUAAAUUUUUUAAACAUUUUUUUAAGGAAUGAAGAAAGAAUGGAAUGAACAAUGAAAUAAAAAAGAUAAUAAAAAAUUAAAUAUCAAAAAUUAUCAA